CCUUCCACAGGUGGAAAAACGACCGGCAAGUCGGUGCUCUGCUUUGGCUUCCCUUUGAGCAUUUUCUUCAUUGUCAUCAAUGAGUUCUGUGAACGGUUCUCCUACUAUGGCAUGAAAGCUGUGCUCACUUUGUAUUUCACACGUUUCCUACACUGGGAAGACAACUUUGCCACUGCCAUCUACCACACAUUUGUGGCUCUGUGUUAUUUGACGCCGAUCCUUGGAGCCAUCAUUGCAGACUCUUGGCUGGGAAAGUUUAAGACCAUUCUCUACCUGUCCAUUGUCUAUGCCAUUGGGCAGACAGUGCUGUCCGUGGGCUCCAUAAAUGACCUGACAGAUCACAACCAGGAUGGCUCUCCCGAUGCUAUCGCAGUGAACGUUGCUCUGUCCAUGGUUGGCUUGAUCCUUAUUGCCUUCGGUACUGGUGGGAUCAAACCGUGUGUGUCAGCAUUUGGUGGAGAUCAGUUUGAAGAUGAUCAGGAAAAGCAAAGAAGUACCUUCUUCUCUCUCUUUUAUUUGUCCAUUAAUGCUGGAAGUCUUUUAUCUACUUUAAUCACUCCAACUAUCAGAG